AUGACGUCAUUAUAGAGCGCCGCAGAACCUAGCACUCCAGCUAGCAACGUUAGCUCGCGUUUAGAAAGGAUGUGUUUGACAACUUUACGCUUAAUGUUGUGGGGUGUUUUAUCGUGUUAGAUGGUCCACCAACCGCCCCGGUGCCGAGUAAUUGUUUGCUUAUGUCUCAACUGGCAGUCGUUAUGGCAGAGGAGGAGGAUUUAUCACCAAACCCUCUGACAGAGGACAUGAAACACAGCAAUGGCGGCUUCGUACCUCCAGACGGUUUAUGCUGGGUGUCAGUGCUGUCCUGUCUGCUGCUGGCGUGUUCGUAUGUUGGGAGUUUAUACGUGUGGAGGAGUGACCUGCCGAGGGAUCACCCCACUGUGAUAAAGAGACGCUUCACUAGUGUGCUCAUCGUGUCGGGCCUGUCGCCUCUCUUCGUGUGGACAUGGAGGGAAUUCACAGGUGUCAGGACUGGCCCAUCGUUACUGGCUCUCAUGGGGAUCCACUUUGAAGGCCUCAUUCCGGCCGUCAUACUUCCUCUGAUGCUCACUAUGGUCCUGUUUCUGGGCCCCCUCAUGCAGUUGGCCAUGGACUGUCCCUGGAGCUUUAUGGAUGGGAUUCGGGUGGCCUUAGACCCGUGGUUCUGGAUGCUGUGUUUCAGCGACAUGCGUUGGUUGAGAAAUCAGGUGGUGGCGCCGUUAACAGAGGAGCUGGUGUUCAGGGCCUGCAUGCUGCCCAUGCUGGUGCCCUGUGCUGGUCCUCUCACCGCCAUUUUCACCUGCCCCCUAUUCUUUGGAGUGGCUCACUUCCACCAUGUGAUUGAGUUGCUGCGGUUCAGGCAGGGCACGCUGUCAGGGAUCUUUCUCUCUGCAGUGUUCCAGUUCUCCUACACAGCAGUGUUUGGGGCCUACACUGCCUUCAUCUUUAUCAGAACAGGUCACCUGAUAGGUCCGGUUCUCUGCCACUCCUUCUGUAACUACAUGGGUUUCCCAGCAAUCAGUGCAGCGAUGGAGCACCCCCACCGCCUUACUGUCCUCUCCUCCUACCUAAUGGGGGUCCUCCUCUUCCUCUUCCUCCUCUUCCCCUUCACUGACCCCUCCUACUACGGCCUCCCCACACCGGUGUGUACUCUCACCUCCUCCCCCAGCUCCCUCUGCCUCUCCUGAUCCCUGCCCCCCAUUCCCCCACACCUUUCUGCAGUGUUCACGUCACCUUCCGCUGACCAAGCAGUUUUUUUUUUUUUUUUGCCAAGUUAGAGUUCAGGUCCGGUCCAGUUUGGACUGACCGCUUUAACAGCCAUGUGGACUAAGUUGCCACAGAAAGGGGUGGGGGAAAGCCGUAGCUGUCCAAUGGUCGAUGGACCCUUGAUAUGUCGAUACAUUUACUUGACAUAUUCCGGGCCUACGCUGCCAACCUGAUACUGGUUUCAGUUUAGUUGGAACACUGAAGAUCCUCUUACACUUAUGGAUCUCAUCAGUUUGUGAUGAAGCGUCAUAAUGUACCUUUUUGGUGUACCUAUUUCCCACUCAACACGCCUGGUCUUAACGCAUCAUUCUGGUUUAUUACAACUUGGGUCUUAUUUUCGUAAUUUUGGCAGCCAUUUCUAUCGGUAAUAAUAAAAUGAAAGAGUCUGUAGUAAACAUCAAUCCACUUCCUUGUUCAAGGUCUGAUCUACUGCACUUGUAAUAGUUGUACGCAAACAUUAGGGCCGCAACUUCUGACUUUUUUUGCGUAAGCAUUAAAGGAAGCAAUUUUAUCAUAUUGGCACUUUCUGGCUACCAUACCUUGGCUUCUGCUGUAUGAUGCUUCCAAAUGUUUGUCCAUGUUUAAAAAAAAAAAAAAAGAACUAAAACAUUGGCCAGUAUAGCAAAAGUUUUUAAGUAAAAUAUUGAUAAUGGCAUUGGGGCGGGCUCUAAUUGUUAAGGACAUUUUGACCGUUUGAUCUCCAAUAGUGGUUUAGAUAAUCUGGCUAAACUGUUGGUUUAUUUAUAACAUGUCUGAAUUGUAGAGUUCUGCUACCUAACAGGUCUCAACAAGGUAUCAGGUUUUGGGUUCGGCUUGGACUCAUUUUGGAGGGUUGGGGUUUUAAAUUUGGCAGUACUAGCUGGGUUAAGAUGAAUCUAAAAGGCCUGGUCGGGUGUGUAUAUAUCAAGUUGUAAUAAACCGGAGUUAUCCUUUUAAUGCUUUUGAGCAUCUCCUUAGUGACACACAGAAAUGGUUUUAGUGGGUUGUAGGUGAAACAGUAUUCCAGUGAAGACAGGGAGGGUCCCAACCCUUACAAAAAAGACAUGUCUAAACAUGUCUCAUCGCUGCACUGCAUUCUGGUCUAUAGAGGCUCAGAGAGAUGUUGGCAUUUUGCCUCUCCUGGUUAGGAUUUCUGUCCAAAUGAUUGUUGAAUGGUCAAUAACCCUGCUGUAGCUGCACUGGAGUACAGGGAUGAUGCUGUGAUAUUGAAAUGGGAAGUAUCCGCCAGGAAUGGUUCAGCUGUACUUUUUAGUGUUCUGAGCUUGUUUUUAACAGCAAAAUUCCAGUGGAUGUCCUCUUCAUUUGAAAUCAGACAGCAGGACUCUGCUGCUGCAGAGAAACAUUCUGCUGGAAGCGUUCAGUGUUUUGUACUAUAUAUUAAUGGUUAUUUAUAUACCUCUGCAUGUUUCAGGGCUGGUAGUUUGUUUAGUUGGUGAUGGGAUAGCUUGGGAGGGGGAGGGGGGGUGUUCACUGUUCAUAUUGGCUGAAACGUACUCUGUGUAAGUGCACAAAUGCAAAGGACAAACUGGUUGUACAUACUUAGAACAUUAAAAGUACUACAGGUGUGAAAGGGGCUUACAGUACAAAACUAAACCAAGUACUGUGUUGUUAUGUAAUCCUCUUAUUCAGGGACUUUGGUUUAUAUUGUUCUCACGUAGUGCAUGCUACUUGAGCAAGUUGUCUUUAAUCAAAUUAACGUGCUAGCAAAAGCAAAGCAAACUAGCGGCUUUUCCGUCUACCAUAUGCACGUACUGUACGUCCCAUCCUCGGUCCUGUUCUAGUCGUGCACUCCUACAUUCAGUCCAGUUUGAGUUUGUGUGGCCUGAUACGUCUGCGUUUGUGUCCUUACACAGAGUAUGCUUUGGUCUUAAAGCUGGAUUAUUUUAUUAGUUGUCUCUAGUCUUUUCUCUCGAAGAUCUUUACUUCGAGGUCUCUUAUCCUUGUUUACAUUGGCGAAUUGCUAAUUGUCAUUAUUAAAAUUUGGUUCUAAGCUUUCAUAGGCUGUCUUUUACCCACUGUAUCUGUAUAUGUAAAUAGGGGUGAUUAUGCCCACUGCUCCCAUUCUCUCUUGCUUCAGUUAUAUGUUGCCUUUUAAUUGAAGGGAGCACAACACGCAGAUGUUGUUUAAUAGAGGCUAGUGCGCUCCAGCCACUACACUGCAUGCUGCUGCUGAAAGGGCAUUGUGUCCACACCUGUACAAAGAGUCACUACUAAUAACACACACAGUGUGCCACCGGCACAUGACCCACUUAGAGGGAAAUGAUUUAUUUCUAACCCAGCGUUUUGCCAUCAUUCCAAUCAGUUAGUAUGGGUUACCCUCUGGUAACAUUUACCGAGUUAACACCGGUAUCUGCAGAGUUCAAACCAGCAACACAAGAUGUUCUCCUCAGUCACUUAGACGUAAAAAAAAUAGGGUCCAGGUUGAAAAAAUCCAAAAGGUACCCUUUAAAGCUAACCUGUGGAGUGUCUGACCACAGGUAGUGCUUGCAUCCAUGUCUUCAUCAGUGGGUCCCGCUUUUGUUUUGUUUGUAUCGUGCACACGGAUGCACAUGCAAAUCGCUUUCAGGCUAUUCCACUGAUUGACAGAUGAAGGCAGAGAGAAGGAAGAUUUCUAGCUAAACAGGGAUGUAAAGAAACCAUGAUUUAAAAAAAAAAAUCAUCUAUCGGCUUUACGAAUGAAUGUUCAGUGGUGAAGGAUUUGCAUUGAUAUGCAAUUAUACACACCGUAUAGUUUUGAGGAACCCAAAAUGAAAAUAUAACUUUUUUUUUCCCCCAUGGAAACUCCCCAGGGCUUUAACAUAGAGAAGAACAGUCGCCUAGUUACUGAGAACUGCUUCACCAGACCUCAGCAGCACUGUCAUUAAAUGUCAUCAUAACCAGCUAGAAAUAAUGGCCAAAAUGGACUAACUGAAACAAAGGGUUUCACUCAAUUUAACUUUUGUUUAUGGCCAACAAUUUGUUUUUAUUUUUUUAUAGUUUUGUGCACUAGACUUCUGCCUAAUCGUAUAAUAUUCUCAUUCUCUGGAAGGGCAUUUCUCCAUUGGAGCGGACUGUUGAGCUCUCACUCCCCUUAUCGGAAGUUAUUCGUAGCUCACAGCUGACGUUUAAGGUGCUUCUCAGAGUGUGAGAGCUCAAAAUGGCAAAUAAAUCUCUAUAAGCUAUACUUAAACUGUGAAGAGAAAGUGGGCUGCUUGGGUCUUCAGCAAUAAAUCCUAUACGUGGGAACGUUUUUGGUUCCAUUUUUAUGUGAUUUAGCAAGUAAAGCAGAAGAUUAUCUGAAUGAAACAUGGCUGUAUAUGUGUAUUAAUUAUUGAGGUAAUUCUUUAAAGGUCCCAUAUGGUGACACUUAUACUUAUAUUUGUGAUGUUGAUGUCGUAUUAAAUUACAGAAGAGUAUUAGGGCCACGCACACAAUUUUUUUCGAGUUCUUAGUUUAAAGUCAGAAUUAUUCAGAUAAAGUCAGAAUUCUUUUUUUAUUUUUUAUUUUACAAACAUGACCUUAAUCUCAGAAUUAUGAGAUCAAAAAAGAAAUCAGAGUUCCGACUUUAAUCCUAAAUCUCUGAGAAUUAGGUCAACUCAGAUAUACUGUACAGUACAUUUAUUUUAUAUAGUAUAUUAUUUUUAGAUUUACGUUCCUAAUCCUCUUCCGUAAUUAAACACUAAUUUAAAAGUGUUACCAAAAAUAUGUGUUGAGUUAAUAUUUCACCCUUUUUCCUCACAACCUCUGCCACACACACUUGGAUUAGCUGCUAGACAGAAUGUUCAGCCCACCACUAAUUCGUAUUAUAUCAUAGAAAAUGGGGGGGGGGGGCUUUUUACUUUACACCCCCUUCAACAUGACACACAAAAACACAAAUUUUCCCCAUAUGGGACCUUUUUUUUUGAAGUUUAUAAAACCACGACAGGCAGAGAGUUGGACACAUGGAACUGUUGUGCUGGGAGUUUGUACCUUGCCUCGCUGACGCUGGCAGCAGAGGGCAGCAGAGCACUGUGAGAAGCAGAGCCGCUGGGGGGGGGGGGGCAUGCUCCGUUCUAUCAUCCGUCACUGGAAAAACCAAUUCACUCUAAAUUUAUUUUUGACUUUAAUGUCUACACAAUCAUACCCUAAUAGAGGCGAUUGAUGCAGAGAGGAGGGACCAUGUGGGGAGAGACUCCCUGUUGCUCCAUCCCUACUAAAUAGUUUCAGUUUUUUUGGCCUCCCACUUUGUUUUCUUUUGAAUUGCUCGACUGUAGAUUCUUUUUUAAAUUUUCAUACCACAGCCAUGCUUUACAGAUAAUCUAUACAACAAAAGUCCACUAACACCUUGCCCAGAGAUUAAGUUAGAAAUUUGAAGUUAAGGUUAAAAUUAAAUUUAACCAUACAAAAAUGAUAUGCUUCAAACAUUUUGUUCACACCUAAAUUACAUAUAAAGCCACUGUGUUGAUCUGACCAUGCAUAUAGCACAUGUAAUGCAUGUUGUUACAGCCUCAUUUACAUUGUACUGAUGUCAUGUAUUAUUCUUUGUAGAAAAACAAGCCAGUUUCAGUGAAGAUAUAGGUUAGCCUUUUGCCUCUUGUUUCUUGGUGGUAAACUGACAGUGACGCUGUGCUGGUGUAUUUCCAUGUGUCCUGAAACCAGAUCUUCAUUUGUUGCUUUGAACCUUCCCUAUCAGUGUCCAGGGGACGGGUUUUUCACUGGUUCUUCUGGGGGUGUAGCAAUGUGCUCUAGCGUCUGCCACAAUGUUUUAUUUACCUACUGGGUGCCAAAUUCAGACAUUUCCAAAUUCUACACACAGUGGCUUUAAUAAAAAAAAAAAAAGAGAUCAAAACUACAGCAAUCAAAUAAUCAUUAUUAUAAAUCUCCAAAUACCUCAUCUGCCUAUUAAGAGACCAAUGGCUAACUAUAUAUAUACACUGUAAUUUCUUUUUGGAGCACUUUUCCAAGCAAAAGAAAUGCAGAAUUAAGAAACAGUUCCGCCAAUCCUGCUAAGAACUAUUGACAUAUUAAAGAUUGAUAAACUUAAUAGACUGAAUCACUUGUUGCUAGCUAUUCUGUGUCAAGCUACAUGUUAUUAGCAAUUGGAUGUUCCCAUUCACGUCUUGUUAGAAAAGCCAUACACCAGGGUUGACCUCUAAUCCAAAUAUCUUUUGUUUCUGCUAAAGAGGCACAGGUCAAGGUUGCCCCAUUUCAUCCUUUUUAUUUUCUGUUUAACUCGAUGUGCAUUGUUCCGCUGGAAGCAGCCCAGAAACUCAGAUAUUAUUUGCAAAUAGGCUGUACGCUUUUUCCCCUCGUCUGAUCUCGGGUUUCCUGUCACUGGCUUAACCUCAGACACAAUUGGGGUGAAGCGGUUUUACCUAUACUGCUGUAAAAAAGAAAACCUUUAUAUUCCCAGUGUUUUCAGCCAAAAACAACACAUGAGCAUUUGCUGUUGAAGAUGGCGAAACUAUAUUAAUAUGCAGUGAACCGGAUCAUCAGAGACUGCAGAGUCUAUUUUUGCUGAGCUUUAGCAGCUCCCUUAUUUUAAUACACAACACCCUGAGGAAGAAUACUGCAAAUGUGCAUUCUCAGAACUUGUGAAACAAAAAAAAUAGUCAGCUGGUGAAACCGAACUCCACAGAUGUUUAUAUUCACUAUCUUUUGUAAUCAGAUCUAUUUUGGUGAACAGAUAUGUGCAUGUAUUUUAUGCUUACUGUGUCACACUUGUUGUACAAUUCAAGUUAGAGACGAGAGAGUUGCGUUUUUAGUAUGACAAUCUUUUACAGAAACUUUGGAAUCACUGCAAAAUAUCUAUUUGUGAAUAAAUUAUGUCUUUUAUA